AUGGCUGGAAGGACUAUCGGCCUCCCUGCAGCAGCUGCCUUCGCGGCUGCCACAGAGUCCGUACCGCCGCCUCACAUGCACCAAGACCAUAUGUUCAAUUUCCUUGACGCUGGAGCUGAUUAUUAUCUGAACCACUUGAAGAAGACGGGACGGCAGACUAUUGAACCAGAAGACUUGACUGAGAAGUUCGAGAUGGGAGCCAACACGUUCUCCAUAGAACUCGGUGAAGCUAUCAAGCUGCCAUUGCGACUUCCAGAUGAGACUCCAGGCGAAGGAGAAGGUGGUGGCGGAGGCAAGGAAGGCUUAGGAGAAGGAGAAGAAGAAGAGAAAGUAGAAAUGAAACACAUGAAGGAUCUGCUUUUCAAAAUGUGGUACGAUACCACCAAACCCACGACGAUAUCGUUGCUGGUCGGCGAUUACCAUCAGCUCGGGCUCUGGAUGACGGCUGGUGGUAAGGUGGUGGCCUUCGACCCUGCACCUACCAUGACCAAGGGACUUCUGACUUCGCACAGGAUCAGAAAAGGUGAUGAGCUAAGACUGCAGCGUCUAAUGGAUGAGAUGACUGGUGAAGGUGCUGGAGAACCAGGAGAGGAAGAUGAAGAAGCUGGCGCUGAGGGUGAAGAGAAGAUAGAGCCAGAAAUCGAAGCGGUGCCACCGGAGUCAUGUCCGGUGCUCAUUGUAGCCGCCAGUCCUGGAGAGUUUAUCGACAAACUCACUCGUCAAGGUGGCCUGGACCCGAAGCAGUGUAUAGCACCAUACAAGCUGUACCCAGUUAAGGUGAUCAAUGAGCUGACCUCAGUACUUCGUGAAAAGAGAGGAGGCACUGCCAAGGAAAAGGCAGAAGGUGAUGAAGAAGGCGGUCUGCCCGUGUUUGAAGAAAUAUUGGUCCCAGCUUUGGAAGACUCUGCGAUGGGCAAGUACAUGAAUCGUCAAUCUCGGUCCACUGCAUCAGUGAGGGCCAGACUGGCACAGAAUGAGAACUACUUCCUCGAUCAGCCUAAUAGGGAUAACCAGGAUGCAGCCAAUGCAGUAAUGGGCAUUGUGGUAGACCACAUAGAGCCUUACAUGUUCUGGAAACCAGAGCUCUUGGACGCCGUACUGAAGUACGGAGACAGGCUCUAUACGAUGUCGAUCGGGAAUGCAGAAUCACCGCCUCGUCUUAAACCCGACGAAAUGGUGCCAGAGUUCCACGUCACUAAUUUCAAUGUUAAGUUGGAUAUAGAUGGAGAUGUCAUAAGAGGUGAUAUCAAGGCCGGCGAGACGGGCAGUGUGAACAGUCUGAAGAAAGCCAUUACUAGUUUCUUUACAACGGAAAAGUACGGCGUUUUGUGUUCUAAAGGUUACUGUGUAGCCAUAUGGAAGGGUUCUGAUGAUAAAUCCUUCGUAAUGUUGGAACCUCAUGCUGUGGGGCCGGUUGGAAAGACAUCGCCAGUUGGUGCAGCAGCUUUGGUGGUCUUCUCCAAUAUUGAGGAGUUGGCAGACACUUUCAGAAGCAACGUCGAAGGUCUUAUGAAGCCUGGCGAUAAUAAGUUUUCAAUAUCAGCAGUGAAAGUUUUCUGGGAGUUCUCGAAGUUGUCGGCACCAGUCACUCAUCAAGGAGCCGUGCCUGAUGAGGGCUAUGAGUGGAAAGUCCUCACUGCUUACGUGGAGACGGCCAGAGGAAGGACCAUAUUGAGAGGCACCAGGCCUCCUGAUCUCUUGAAAUUCACAAGAGACGCGCUGCUCCAAUCAGCUUGUGCAGCCAUAGUUGGCGCCGCGAUGUCCCACAUCCGUCGCCCACAUCUUUGGACUAGGAAGACUGUGGAUGAAGUGAUGGCUGUGGCUUGUCAGCUCUUCACGGCGUCUCUUGGAUCCCUCGGAUUUGAGUUCCGACCUGGCGAAGACGUGCUUUUGCCAUUGCAGGUACUAAAGCGCUUUGUCCUAGGAGUGAACUACGUCCGCUACGACCUCGAAGAAGUCUACUCGGGGAAGCUGGAACAGAAGGAACCAUCGCAAAUGACCGUCAGAUGUGCUUUAGAGCGAUUCUUUGAGUCGCACACUCAUGGCAUUCUGUGGUCGGUGCCGCACGCGGUGUGCGUGUGGAGGGUGGCUGGAGCCCCCUCCUACUACAUGUUCGAGCCCCACGCCUGCGGACCCACAGGACUGAGGGUAGAUGCCAUGGACGAUGGUGCUGCAUGCGUCUUGACGUUCACGUCUCCAAAAUUGAUGGCUUUUGCAUACCUCCAAAAUGUCCCCGUAUCGGAACGUCCGAAGCAUGACUUCCAACUGUACGCCAUGUCGGUGACAGUGCAGCCUAUUAAGAAGAUGGGAGGGGUUGAGCCGCCUAUAGUGAGGGCACCGCCUGGAGUCAAGCUAGUACCUGCUACCAGUAAGGUCGGUAUAGAUGGUAGCAAGCGCAGAGCCGAGGAGAAGGAUCGCAAGCAUCCACCAGGAAGCACCACUUGCAUGGACGCUCAGCGAGCAGCUGAAAAGGCUGAUAAGGAACAAACCAAACUGAAAGGUCAGCGUAACACGAGCGGAUGGCUGGUCCUCACCGACGGUACUCAGUUCCUUUCAGCCCAGCACUCGAUGGCGUGCAGAAAGUUCCCGUACGCUUCUAGAGGACACCAGGCCCUAGCAUGCUCAGUAAUGGCAGUGGCCAUGUCCCGAGUCGAGGAUGUGUGCCGUUGGUGCUCGUCCACUCUCGAUCAGAUCCUGGAAAGCGGAGACCAGCUCUACCAGGACAGUUACCUACACUUCCAUCCGUCCACGAAGAUCUUAAACAUUGGACAGAUUCUUCGUAAAUUCUACACGCCAGGCAAUUGCGUUUGUCGAGUUGUUGUCUACAAGUCGAGACAUAAGGGCAUCAUUGAUGUCGACCUCGUUGAAAAGCUAGGAGAAUUCUUCCGGGAAGAGAAAGCGGGAGUUUUCGUCGCUGGCAAUGGAGACUUUGCCGUUGCACUGUUCAGAACACCGCGCGGCUAUUACAUGUUUGAUCCGGCUGACCGAGAUCGUUACGGGCGUGCUGUGGCGCCGCCUUGCAUCGGCAGGGCGAGAGCCUGCUUCUCACAAUACCCUAACGUACAAUGCUUAGCUGAGAAGCUCGGCCCUAACAUACCUCCCUCACCUGAAGUCGUCAAAUUGGAAGACACACCAAAAAGAUUGAGUAAACAAAUGGAGCCUCUAAGCGAAGACGACAAAGAGUUCGGCAAACGAGCAGACGGGUUACCUGAUGGUAAGCAAUCAGCGCCGCCCAUAGACACUCGCAACGGAGGAGUUACGAGUCCUAACUCAACCAUAAUUGUUACCAGAGAAGUCUCAUUGACUUCCAAAGUAGAAACAGUCGGAAAUCACCAAUGGCAUCACGAUUACGCAGAUAACGCCAGUGUAACUAUGCCAGUAGUUAAUGCUUCGAAGAGUUUGUUUAAAUUCGAUAUCGAGAAAUUCGACAACGGAUCGACUGUGUUCUGCAAACACGUCAACGACAGCACGACUCGAUACGUCAAUGUAGAAUAUAAUCUCGUAAUUAACUGUGGCAUGCAACCAGUGAAACUUAACUUAGUCGACGACGGUUUUUAUGAGAAACCAGUAUAUCUCAGAAUUGAAUAUCGCGAAAACAAAGAGUUGGCACUUGAGUGCCGGAAGCAUCCUUUCGCCGCCUUUAGUUCAAGUAGGUCUUGGGUAUUUUUAAGUAUUGUUACGUGCCUCGUCACGUUCCUGACUAUGCGGGCUUGGGUUACGGGAUUGGAUGAAAUGAAACACUAA